AUGGCCAAGCCGUGGAUCUCAUCGCACGCUCAUACCCAACCCAAUCGCCAACCUACCAAGGAAAAAGAAAAGGAUCAACCAUCCACUGACUCUCCCAAGAACCGCAACUCGGUCCGCUUCAGCACAUACAGCAUGGCUCCUUCACUGACUCCUACUGUUGGAACCACCGACUCUGCACACGCCGAGAUUCGCGACAUCGCUACUGGCCUCGACCGCAUGGAGAACAAGGCCCUCUCCUCCCAGCGCGUCACCCUCACCGAUGAGAAGACAGAUACUAUGAGCAAGCUCGCCCUCGGCGCAAAGCUUGAGCGCGCUCUCGACAGGAGAAUGAGUGGUCAGGACGCUGUCAUGCGACCUCGCGGCCAGAGCCUCAACGAGAAGCUCAGCGAAAAGGAGUAG